AUGCUUUGGACGUGGAAACUGAGCUCUGCAUACAAUAAUACACCAACCAACCCGUUUAUAAUUCUAAAUGGACCGACCGACCAACUCAUUUAUUUAUUUCUCCAAUUGACUAUAGUUUGAUCAGUUCAUGUCCGAGUCAAAGAACACUGCAGACUCGCCCCAGUCAGCUACCCAAAUCUCCAACUCAUGGCCCUCAGCCACAACUUCUCUGUUUCUAAUCCUAAUACUUCCCGUCAUCACCGCCACGCUCAUCUACCAACUCGACUCGUUCGACCCAGCCCCUCUGCCUUAUCACGAGUUGACUCGCCGCUUAACCAGGAGAGCUCCUGCUCACACCCCUCGCAUGCUUCGAGGGUGGGCUUUGGGCUCUUGCAGGGCCCCGAAGUCGUGGCUUAUCAUUCCGGGUCGGGGCUCAUUUACACGGGUUGUGAAGACGGGUGGCUCAAGCGAGUUAAACUCAACUACUUGGAAAAUCCCGAGUUUGUGGUGGAGAGCUGGGUCAACACGGGCGGCAGACCGCUCGAGCUCGCUUUCGGACUUCACAAUGAAGUUGUCGUCGCUGAUGCCGAUAAGGGCCUGCUGAAUGUAACAAGUGAGGGUGAGGUAAAGCUGCUGACAGACGAGGCUGAGGGUGUAAAAUUUGGAAUUACAGACGGUGUAGAUGUAGCUGUGGAUGAUACGAUUUAUUUCACAGAUGCUUCAUACAAGUACAACUUGACAGACACUAUUUUGGACAUUUUGGAGGGUCAGUCUCAUAGUAGAUUCUUGAGCGCGACCCAACAACCGAACAGACCAAAGUGCUGGUCCGUGACCUAUACUUUGCUAAUGGAGUGGUGGUUUCAGCCGACCAAAGUCACGUAG